AGAGAAAAUAUGGCGAAUCGAAACGAGAAGAAUGUCUUAGUCUUUCGUUUUGCACAUGUUUAAAGGCUUUCUAACGCGAUGAUAUAAUUUAAAAAUGAUUUUAAGGGAAAUGACCUAAAUCUAGUUAACGCUUUUCCUUCUGUAUUGAUUUUCAAUGUUCUUUAACUCGAAAGUAUCGUGUUUAUAGUCUAGCAAUAACUGUAGAACUUUAGUUAAUGUGAGAUACAAAUUUUAAAGAAUAUCAAAGUUCUGCAUAGAUGAAUUGAUAAAUAGAUAAAAAGGGUUGUAGUUGCAAGUAAAAGCCUUGAUAGUUUCAUAUGUUUUAUCUGUCGAUUAAUAAAAUCAGUAAAAAAGAUAGUUACAUGAAAGAGUUGGGUGGGAGGAGAUCAAAGCGCCAUCGCGAGGCUGGGAACAGAAUUACGGGGUGACACAUGGCCGCCGGGGUGGUAGCUACGUAGGGGGUGUUUAAUGUGAACAAGAAAGAAAGAUAGUGUUCCGCCAUGACAGUAGUGGCAGAUUUAAGAGGACGAAACUGUAAUUAAUCAUGCCCACUUAUAUGUGAUAUUAUAUCGCUGGAAUUGCGUGUAAAUGUUUGUACCGUGAUGAACACUAUUUUAAAAAGUUUAAAAAAUUGUGGAUUUGUAUCUUCACAUAUAGUUGCAUUAUGUCAUCAUCUAAUCUCAAAAUAUGAGAUUCUAAAAGAAUGGUGAAUUAUUUACGAAGCCUAGUCAAAAGGAUCGUAAAGUAAAAUUAAUCGAAAAAAUGCCUCUACCAAAAAGAUUGGUGGAACCUGUUCACGUUGCACGUGGAACAAUACCAGAUGAUUAUCCAUUGCCAUCGGAAUUAGAAGCUGUUACUAAUGGUACUUUGGCUAAUACCAUUAGACAACUCUCUAGCCUUUCACGGCAUGCCGAAGAUCUCUUUGCAGAGCUGACCAGGGAAGCUCAUGCGUUAAGUGAAAGGGCAAAUUCUUUGCAAGCUAGGAUAGAUCGAUUGGCUGUCAAAGUCACUCAACUUGAUAGCAAUGUCGAGGAAGUGUCACUACAAGAUAUACACAUGAGAAAAGCAUUCAAGAGCUCAAUCGUUUUUGAUCAACAAGUAGUUUCAAGAGAGUCGAUGCCAACAGCAAUGUUAGAAACUUAUCGUCAAUGCGACACACCACCACCUUUAGAUAAACUCAACAUUUAUAGAGAGGAUGGAAAAGAUGGAUUAAAGUUCUACACGGAUCCAAAUUAUUUCUUUGAUCUAUGGAGUCAAGAGAUGUUAAAAGAUACUGAAAAGAAAUUACAUGAUCGAGGGAAAAAGACUGAAACAGAAUAUGCCGAACCAUACAGAAAGCCUCAUAGACCACGGAACGAAGGUAGUAGUGGUGGAGGUAGACACAAGAAGCGUGUAAGACAGCCUCAUAAUACAAGGGAAAGGCAGAGACAAUUAGCAGUUGGUCAUGGGGAAUAUAUAAUGCCAACACAGGGGGUUCAAUAUAGAGCACCUCAUAACAUGACUGAUGAAGCAAUGAUGGGGAUGGUUGUGACCGAAUCAAGACCACCCAGACCAAACAGUAUUGAACUUAGACGAAGUUAUCCACCAGAGGAGCAACACUUGUAUAGUCCUUCUUCCUCUGAUCAUUACAGGGCAACAAAUUCUGUUUCCCAUGGUUACGAAGAAAACGUAUAUGGUUCUCAUUAUGCUUCUGGUCAAGGCCAACAAGGUAGUGAAACUUAUCAGAGUCCAGGUGGACAAAGUACACCUAGUAGAAGUGGUAGAUCGCGACCUUCUCAGCCACCUCCUGCUCCACCAAGCAAUACUUCUAGUAAUUCAACUCCCACGGUAGCCUCGGCUAAUAAUACUCCUACCAGAGGGAGAUCUAUGAGCACUGGUAGAGAUACGCUUCCACCACCACCUCCUCCUCCAGGAGAAACGAUGUCUCCACCUUCUAUGAAUGGUUCGAUACCAUCUCAUUUAUUAAAUAGAAAUGGAAGUCGUCCAAACAGUCCGUUACCGAGUCAUCAUUCGACUCCUACUCCUCCAAAUCACUCGGCACAAAUUGGUACAGACGAAACAGAUCCCGUCUCUCAAGAUUUACCACCACCACCUCCAACACCUGAUCCUACACCACCAAGGCCUAUUUCUCCGCCAUGUAAUAUUCCUCCUCCUCCUCCGCCACCACCUCCACCGCCAGCAAUUAAUGGUACACCGCCACCAGUACCAUUGACGAACGGAGAUAUUGCCAAAAUGAUAGCCAUGUGUCCACCAAAAUUAAAACCAUUGAAAAGUAUCGAUGGACAAUUACGAAAGUCCGUCAAUCCGAAUAUCCCAUUGGUAGAUCCGAGGAAUGAUUUACUUAAAGCGAUAAGAGAUGGAAUUAAAUUAAGAAAAGUAGAAAAAAUCGAGCAGAAGGAAGUAGAACGUGUUAAUGCAUUGAACGAUGUUGCAUCCAUAUUGGCUCGUCGUGUUGCUGUCGAAUUUAGUGACAGUGAUUCAGCUUCUGAAAGCGAAUGCGACAGUGAAGGAUGGGGCGAACAAGAAACGAAUCUCGCGUGACCCACCUCUUUUCCAUCUGCCGCCACUGUCUCCUAGAGAAAUAAUCGAGGAGCUACCUUUUUAUUUUCUUGAUGAAUUUUAUUUUGGAUCAUCUACAAUAAUCAGAAUUGUCGAAUUGAUCUAUCCAAGGUACAAGAUCAUAAAGUAAGCAUAAUGUUUAUGGAUAUUUCGUUUUUUUUUUUUAAUUUUUUUUUUUAAAUAGAUAAUUGCACGAGUGAAGUUAGAAAUCAUUUGAUAAUAUACUACCAGAACGUGAGAAAUUAAUAAAUAUGUCGUAAAUAAAAUGAUUUCUAUUUGGGUGUGACGAACUUUGAUUUUAUCACACGACUAAAAUUAUUCAUGUAGAAAUAAAAAGCCAAAGAACCUUGCAUAUUUAUAGAUUAAUUUUUGUUUAUUUUUGUAUUUUGUAUGUUUUAAUCUUGCCACAGAUGUAAUUUAUGAAUUAAAAAGCGAUAUACAGUACAUGAAAGAAUACUAUAGUUUUUUGUUUCUCUUUUUUUUAUGACGAAGAUUAAAUUUUAUGAUUAAUUAAAAAUAUAUAUGUAAUUGAUAGAGCAGCAAGAAAGCUAGAUAAGAGACAAAGUUUAUAUUUAACAAUAUAAAAUGAUCACACACAUCGUGUUUUCUUAGGAUAUAUAGAAAUUCUAAAAUAAUAUAAAUAUUAAUUAAAUUAUUAAAGGGGGGUUCAAUACCAGUAUAACUUGUACAUUUAAUAACUUUGAUCGUAUAUUCCUUGAAAUUACAAAUUAUGAAUUUUUCAUUAUUUUGCACACGCAUAAUCGUCAUUUAUAAUCAUAAUAUGACGAUAUGAUCGAAGCGAGUAAUAAAAUAUACUUGUGUAUCCUAGAAAUAUAACGAUAUUACAAAACUAUAUGUUUCAUUUUAUGCAAGGUUCCAACGUCACACGUACGAAUAAUUUUGGAUCAAAUGAUUUCAGAUUAUGUUAAUGUAUUAGUAAAAAUAACGAAGAGUACAUUCUUUGAAUCUAUACAAAAAAAAAGAUAAAAAGAAAAAGAAAAAAGAAAAUGAAAAAGAGAUAGAAGGGAUAUACACGCACACAGAAAAAAUAUAAGCAUCACUUUUAUAAAAUAUUUCUCGAUAUUUGUCAGGGACUUAUUGAUGUCCUUCUUGGCACAUUCCACAAUAGCAAUAAAGUCUAGUUAACGAAUACUUCUUUUCAAUUGGACUGUUUAACGAUGGUAUUAAUGAUACAAUUUUCACAAAACAUAGAUGAAAUAAUAAACUUUGCAUUAUAUAUAUAUAUAUGAUACUAUAUGCUAUUAAGUAGGACGUACAUGCAUAUAUAUAUAUAUAUGAAAAAGAGAAGAUAAAAGCCAAAAUACAGAGUUUAUAUUUUUUUCCUUCGUGUCAUACAUAAGUCUUGUAAAGUACUAUACUUUGAACUAAUAAUUAUAAUUAGAUAGUAUCUAUGUGAGAUAUCUGACAUGAGCCGUUCAUAGAUCAAAGUGAUUAACUCUAUUUUUAGAAUGUUUUAAACAUUGUAGUGCCAAAAAGCACUUGCGGAUAAAUGCUUAACUUUUUGUAUUACAAGAAAAAAAUUCUUUAUUAAUUAGACUUAACACAGCUAUAAAUAACAAAAGUAAAUAAAGUCGUUGAAUGAUAAAUAAUACAACAAUGUAUAUAAACUUAUCAAUUUUUUCUACUUUUUGUUUCAUAGAGUUAAUCAAUUUGACAAAUGAGCAAUACAUCUAACAAUUAUUUGUUACCGUUUCGCCAGAUGAUGAUCGACUCAAAUAAAAACAGAAUUAUGUGGCGAAUGGACAAUAUAUUAUUUCUCUACGCUCUAUACGUAUAAAAAAAAAAUAAGAAAAAAAAUAAAAAGAAAGAAAAUGUGUCGUGUGUGCGUCCUACCGCAACGAUAAUGGUACAUCGAGUUUUAACAUUCGGUCGACGGUCUUGCUAAUAAAAAUAAUAAUAAUAAUAAUCUUCCACGUCUAUUGUAAGGAACAUAGCGUUAGAGACUGUCAUCGGAUUUUUCGCUUGUAUUAUCAAGAGAUAUAUCGAGAAUAUGUAAUGAAACAAAUGCUCCAUUAUAUAUAAGAUUUAACGAAGUUGUUAUUUAAUAAAAAUGAAAAAGAAACAUUUUCUAGUAUAUAAUGAAAUUAA